GCAGUUCUGGUUAAGAAGGGAAGCGAAAGAUGGCGGCGGAAACGCUGCUGUCCAGUCUAUUGAGGCUGCUGCUUUUGGGGCUCCUGUUACCCGCAAAUCUGACUGGAGGUGUCGGGAGCCUGAACCUGGAGGAGCUGAGUGAGAUGCGUUAUGGGAUUGAGAUUCUGCCGUUACCUGUCAUGGGAGGGCAGAGUCAAGCCUCGGACGUGGUGAUUGUCUCCUCGAAAUAUAAACAGCGUUAUGAGUGUCGCCUGCCUGCCGGCGCUAUUCACUUCCAACGUGAAAGGGAAGAGGAGUCACCUGCUUACCAAGGACCUGGGAUCCCUGAGUUGUUGGGCCCAAUGGAAGAUGCUCCCUGCCUCCUGAAGACCAAAGACUGGUGGACGUAUGAAUUCUGUUAUGGACGCCACAUACAGCAGUAUCACAUGGAAGAUUCAGAAAUCAAAGGUGAAAUCCUCUAUCUUGGUUACUACCAAUCAGCCUUCGACUGGAAUGACGAAACAGCCAAGGCCUCCAAGCAGCAUCGCCUGAAACGCUACCACAGCCAGACCUAUGGCAACGGGUCCAAGUGUGACCUUAAUGGGAAACCCCGGGAAGCUGAGGUUCGGUUCCUCUGUGACGAGGGUGCUGCUAUUUCUGGGGACUACAUUGACCGUGUGGAUGAGCCCCUGUCCUGCUCUUAUGUGCUGACCGUGCGGACACCUCGGCUCUGCCCACACCCUCUCCUGCGGCCCCCACCCAGUGCUGCCCCCCAGGCCAUUCGCUGCCACCCAGCCCUGCAGCCUGAGGAGUACAGGGCCUAUCUGCAGAGGCGAGCUGUAGAUUCAAAGCAACAUGGAGAUAAGACUGCCAAGGACCUGCAAGACGUGGACCCUCCCGUGUGGAGUGAGACCAAAGCUGAGGCGGUACCCCCGGAGAAAGCAGGCACCAGCCCAAGCAAGGAUGACAGUAAGGAAACCGCUUUCUGGAAGAUGCUUCAUGAGCCAGAAGACCAGGCCCCCAGAGGGGAGGAGGUGCAGGCUGAGGAGCAGGAGCCCAACCCUGAGGCAGCAGAUUCUGCACCAGGCUCUCCGGAGGAUUUUCAGAACAAUGUCCAGGUCAAAGUCAUUCGGAGCCCUGCAGACUUGAUCCGACUAAUAGAGGAGCUGAAAGGUGGAACAAAAAAGGAGAAGCCAAGCGCAGGCCUGGAGCAGCCUGCAGAUGAUGCUGCAGAAGCCCCCCACAGGGAACAGGAGGAGAAGGAAAAGGGCGACCCAGAGCCUCAGAGCGAGGUGGAAGAAGAGGAGGAGGAUCAUGAGGAUGAAGAUGAAGAGGAGGAUGAGCGGCGGUUGCUGGGAGAAUUUGAGAAGGAGUUAGAAGGAAUACUGCUCCCAUCAAACCGAGACCGGCUCCGCUCAGAGGUGAAGGCUGGCAUGGAGCGGGAGCUGGAGAACAUCAUCCAGGAGACAGAGAAGGAGCUGGAGCCAGACAGCCUGAAGAAGGAGUCGGAGCGUGAUCGAGCGAUGCUGGUCCUCACUUCCACACUCAACAAGCUCAUCAAGAGGCUGGAGGGGAAGCAGAGUCCCGAGAUGAAGAAGCACAGGAAGCCGAUGGUCGUCCGCAGAAAGCCUACCCCAUCACCCCAGCCAGCAGAGGAGGAUCCUGAGCACAGAGUCCGGGUCCGGGUCACCAAGCUCCAUCACAGAGGCCCCAAUCGGGAUCUGACUGUCCUCGAGAUGAAACGGGAAAACCCUCAGCUGAAACAGAUCGAGGGGCUGGUGAAAGAGCUGCUGGAGAGGGAGGGACUCACAGCUGAAGGGAGAAUUGAGAUCAAAAUUGUCCGACCAGGGGCCGAGGGAACUGAAGAGGAGGCACGUUGGUUGACUGAUGAGGACACGAAAAGUCUCAAGGAGAUUUUCUUCAAUAUCUUGGUGCAGGGAGCUGAAGAGGCACAGAAGGAGCGGCGGAGGCAGAAGGAGCUGGAAAGCAAUUACCGGCGAGUGUGGGGCUCGCCAGGCGGGGAGGGCACCGGAGACCUGGAGGAGUUUGACUUCUGAGCCCGCCACCGCCACCGUCUCGGAGCAGCCCAGAGCCCUCCCAGACGGCCUUGCCUCUUCCCCGGCCCCGCCCCAGGGCUCUGAAGGCGCAGCUGCUGCCAGCUGUGGGCUGAGCCGGGCGGGGCCGCCGCCGGGAUGUUGAGGGCAUAGGCGCCGACAGCCGCCCCCACCCCAGGUCCCUCCCCUCGCCCCCUCACGUCCUCUGUGACCCCCCCUAAGUUGUUGAUCUCCAUCCACCCCCAAAGUCAGAGCUCGGAGAGCCAGAGGGUGGGUUGUCCAGCAGGCCCCCUCCCCCUGCACCAACGUUUGGGCGCCUCACCCCUCCUCUUGGGUUGGCUGGCUUCCUUCCUUCCCCCACCCUACACCCCUAACUGUUCCCUGGAGUCUGCUUCUGAACUGAGACCCCUUCCUCUGUUGCUGCGGAAACCCCCUACCUCUGAGCAGCUCCUGUGAAAGGGGAGGGGGCACAGAACCGCCCCGUUGUCCUUGAACAAUCAGGUUUCUAAAUAAAGAACUGGACCAUCCA